AUGUUCAUGUCCGCUCCUGCUCCCUUUCCAGACGCCUGGGCCUGCCUCCAGAAGGCGCCGCAGCCGUGGCCGUACGAUGUCUUUGCCGAGCGCAAUCCUGACGCCAUUGGCAGCGAUCCCGAGACCAGCGCCGAGACCACAGCCGUCCUAGGCUACCAGAUCAGGCGGCUGCAAGCCGAUGCCACCCGUCUCCAGACGGGCGAAGCGCAGGACGUCAGGGCCGUCGCCGAGAGACUCGACGGUUGGCACCACUGCCUCGAGGACGCCGACGAAAAGAGCCGGCUGGCACAGGCCCACAACCCGAGCCUCGCGUCGGCGGUCUUGGCCCUGCGGAUCGAGGGUCAGUCGUGCUGGAGCAAAGUGCUCAUGGCUGGCCAUGCCGCGGUCCCGGACCUUGCAGCACGGCUCUUGCGCAUCUCGGUGGUCAUCGUCGACCUUUGCGUGCAGCUCAUGGAACGGACACCCGCGUCGGAGCUGGAUGUGCUCAACGUGCUGCAGGCAUUCGAGGCUUUUGUCAGCAUCCUCAUCUGGCAGGAGCACGUCGACAUCAAUGACAGCGACCGAUCGGCGGUCCGCGACCGGCUCGAUAUGGGCUGCCGGCUCCUCGAGGACCUCGGCCACCUCUUGCCGCUCUACGCCGGCCUGGCACCCGUGCUGGGGGCCGCAAUGGCGAUGGCGAGCUGGUACGCCCGAGCUACGAGUAACGACGCUGCGCAGAACUGGUCUCGCCGCAACGCCCGAGCUACGAGUAACGACGCUGCGCAGAACUGGUCUCGCCGCAACGCCCGCGACCACGUACCGACGGCGUCAUCGACGAUCGUCACCGGCCGGGUCGAUGUGCUAUCGCCUUCGCCUCUGGCCUUGCCUGCGAGCGUGGCCGGAUUGGGCUGGCGAGGUAGCUCAGGCUCGAUCCAGAACGGUGGCCCGGGGGAGAUGCGCCCUGCUCUGCCCGGCCCUCAGCACCUUGUGUUCGCGGUCGAGGGGGACCACUUGCGCGGACCGAUGCCAGCGACUGCAGCAUCCUCUCCCGGCCCCUACGUCCCGCCCGUCAACCACGGCGGCUGGCCGCCCAGGCAGGGCUGGGUGGAUCAUCCAGAGCUUUCCGCGGAAGGCCCUCCUCUGGCCAUGCCGCUGCCAUUGCAAGAGCCAGCCUCCAUCAUGAACGCCUCCGGCCCGAUCACCGCCGCCUCGACCGCCGUCGCCACCCCAGCAGACGGCCCCUUCGUCACGGCAACAACGAUGCCCGGCUACAGCAGCUCGACGACCAACACCGGCCAUCUGCCGGUCGGCCCAGUCGAUGCCUGGUACCGCCAGCAGACCGUGAGCAGCCAUUCGGGGCUUAGGCAGACGGCAGGGUCGGUCGCAGGCUGGGACACGAGCAUGGCCGGCGCCACCUGCCUCAACAACACGAUGCCACCCUCUGCUUCGAAGGCGCAUCAAGUGUCGUUCUUCACGGGCAUGCCAGAGGCGGCGGAUGCCGCGUACGCUGUCCAUGCUCAGCCGGUGGGCUUUGUGACCGACCGUAUCUCUGGCUACCCGCUGGGUGCAGGGGGAGGACCCAGCAGUCUCGACCAGGCGCUCCGUCUCGAUGCGCCUCCGUCGAGGAUGGCGCCGUCGCCGUCGAGCGUGGCGGGGCCUUCAAAAAGGAGCCGGGCCUCGUACGGGUACGACAACGGGCUCGCCUAA